CAUAGAUACAGGAAAAUUCGGGAUCCCGUCCGCUCUCCCAUAGACAAGCCUGUAAUCGGCAGAUUAGUAGUUGGGUCGGUGACGACCAGCGAACACCGGCUGUUGUAUGUUUUUGCCUUUUUGUCACAAAUACUUAUAUAUAUCUUUUUGUAUCUCAUUUUUUCGUGAUGUUACACACUAUUUAUGAUGAGGCUGUCUUAUUUCUUUUGCGUCAAUCAGCCUUAUAUAAAAAGCAAGCCACUGAUGGAACGUGGCUGCAGGUUGUCGCCUCACUUGGCCACACCAACACCAAUUGGGCAACCUAGUGCGCCAACCAAUGAAUUACAAGAACUCGAGGUUCAAACACCGAAAACGCCUUGGAUUCUCGUCUUCUUCUCUUCUCAGACCAUGUGAUGACUACCAAUUCGCCCCUCAAGAUUCAGACAGCCCUCUCUGCAAUAUAUCUCCGGGCCGUCCACGUGGCCCUGAUGCCGUCUUUGCUCUCGCAACGUACGACCGGUGCUUCCGCUCACCCCAAUAAAGGCAUUGUACAGGGGCUUCUACCAAUAUGCGAUAUCUCCGAAUUUGCCUCCUGUUGUUUGUUGGACCCAGUCAUCAGGGCAUCGGUCGCAGCAGACGUCCGAUGUGUGCUCUGCCGUCUUUACGCUCGGAACCAUGGGGGCUGUCGUGCGCAACUUCGAGAGGCCCGAGAGCCGUAGCCUGAGCGAAGCGGAGGUACGAGGUGUGCAUGCUUGAGGCUCUGGCACAUCACUAAGCUGCCAACGUCCUGGAUCACACGCAACGAACGGCCAACUUUAAACUACUGUCAGCGACGUGGCUGAGCGAGGCUCCCGUACCCAGCGGGCCAUGUGCUCUAGAACGCCUCAGCGGGAACUAAUUCAAGACUCACACCAGCUCGGAUGGCUGUGAUGAAGGUUCGGAACGCUGCUGAUCCCUCCCUGUAUCGGUAAUCGUCGCGCUUCGUCUCCCUUGCAGGCCGGGCUCGGGGCUAACAGCAGCUUGCGAAGCUACACCGUAACUGGUUAGGCUUUUGCUGCACCACUGACGAGCCUAGAUGCGUCCCAUUGAAAAUGGUGCGUACACGUCAUAUGCCAACUAAUCGAAGCACAAUUCUGUGCAUGCAAUUGCGCGGAGCUUACGGCCGAACCCGGUCGUCUCCGCACGCCCGCAUCUCCAGGUUACAUGGCGUCUAGAUAUGAGCACAUCCAGCACAUCCACGCCCGGCUUGCCGCGCAUACGUCGGAUACAUCGGCAGUAGCCCGAGCUGCCAGUAAGGCGGUCGCUUGAAUUGCUAUGAGAGAAAAAGUAUGAUGGGUGGGUUCUCUGAUGAUGGUUGCAUCGGUAGAGAGUCCCGCCCGAGUGCCGACUGGGGUCUCGGGAGCUCGCCACGAGCCGUCAAUUUCUGACGUAGGGUUUCUCCUUUUUUUUCAAUUUUGAAUCAUUUGUGACCAGAGUUCUAUACCCGAGUCCCCGGGGUUUGGAUCCUCAGCGUCCGAGAUUGCAAGAUCACGGAGACAAUUCUGCGCCUCGUUCUCCGAGACUUACACCCAGAACCGGGCAGGGCAGCCUUCUGACCAACUCCCUAUCCAGAUAACCUGAUGCCAGGCUGUGGUAAAAGAAGGAAAUACGAGCUCCCAGCUCAGGCUGUAUAUAUUUAUCAAUUCCCUCGACACUGGAUAUAACGGCCUUCUUGCAAUACGUGUCAAACAACAAUAAUUGCUUCGUCCUCACGCUUACCACCUCAAACUAGCGACACAGUUAUCCGUUACCAUGGGUGCUGGUUCGUCUCAUCUUGCUCCUAGGAGCGUAGCAUACCAGGCUUCCAGCUUGGGUCUGAAUACCACUCAAGUACAAACCAAUGGAUUGUCUCAAUGGGGAACCUUGUCUACCCCAACCUUGCCCAAGUUUCUAACCAAUAACCCUCUCCCCAAUGGAUUCCCCUGGAGCACCUUUGAUGCUGAGACAAACUACUACGAGUUGAUGCCGGAUACUGGUGUCAUCCGGUCGUACGACUUUACCAUUAGCCGUGGUGUUAUUGCACCCGACGGGUACCAGAAACAAGUUAUGCUCGUAAAUGGUGCCUUUCCUGGUCCAGCCAUUGAAGCCAAUUGGGGAGAUACUAUCCAAGUUACUCUGCACAACAACAUCACUGGCCCAGAAGAGGGCACAGCUCUCCACUGGCAUGGCUUCUUGCAGCGCGGCACUCCAUGGGAGGAUGGCGUGCCUGCAGUCACCCAAUGCCCAGUAGCACCCGGCAAAUCCUUUACAUAUUCGUUCCGACCACAGCUCUACGGCACAACCUGGUAUCAUUCACACUACUCUGCACAAUAUGCUGGUGGCAUCUUUGGGCCCAUUGUCAUCUACGGACCAUCCUUCUCCUCAUAUGAUAUCGACCUUGGCCCUGUCAUGAUAUCAGAUUGGUAUCACGAAGACUACUUUUCCCUGGUCCAGAAGACAAUGGACAAGAAUGGCAAACAAUUCCCGUCUGACAACAACCUAAUCAACGGCAAGAUGAACUUUGAUUGCUCAACGCUGCCUCCCAGUGACAAAACAUCCUGCUUCAACAACGCCGGCGUUUCCAAGUUCAAGUUCCAACGUGGCAAGAAGCAUCGCCUUCGACUCGUCAACACUGGCGCAGAGGCAUUUCAACGUUUCUCCAUCGAUGGUCACAAAAUGACUGUUAUUGCGAAUGAUUUUGUAAUGCUGCAGCCUUACGAAACAGAUACUGUGACAUUAGCUGUCGGUCAGCGCGCUGAUGUCGUGGUGGAGGCUAAUGGCGACGGUGAUGCCUUUUGGAUGCGGACACAUGUCGGUGGCCGAGCCUGUGCUUAUUCAACUCAACCCGUUGCUCUUGCAGCCAUCUACUAUGACGGUGCCGAUGAGUCUCAGCAGCCUACUUCACACGCUGUGAAUGGAUGGGAUGACGCCUCCUGCAGUGACGCCGACUUGAACCUCACCAACCCUAUACUUCUGGUCCCGGCUCAGAAGCCGGACGUUGAAAAGACCAUCGAAAUAGACUUUUACAAGAACGAAACCGGCUUCAACCUCUGGCAUGUGAAUGGAUCAGCGUUCCGUGGCAACUACAAUAGCCCGACGCUCUUGCUCGGCAAAUUACACAACAUGACCGCCUUGCAGACUCCAGAAUGGAAUGUCAUUAACCUUGAACAAGCCAAUAUGGUUCGCGUCGUUGUGAAGAACAAAUUCUUUGCUGAUCAUCCUAUGCAUCUACAUGGCUUUAACAUGCAGGUCCUGCAUAUUGGCACGGGUGAUUGGGACGGAACCAUUGUCCGACCACUCAACCCACAGCGCCGCGACGUAGUCAUGGUCCCUGCCAAGGGACACCUUGUCAUUCAGUUUGAGGCGGGCAAGAACCCGGGUGUCUGGCCAUUCCACUGCCAUAUUGCGUGGCAUGUAUCUGCCGGACUAUUUGUUCAGUUCCUGACAAACGAGGAUGCAGUUACUCGUCUACCUAUCCCUCAAACAGUUGCGCAGACAUGUCGUGAAUGGGGUGAUUGGACAAACACCAAUAUCCCAGAGCAAAUCGACAGCGGCCUCUAAUAGCCAGACAACUCUGAAAUAGAGACCAGGCAACAUUUACAACACCCGAUCCUAGAGUACACAUAUUGGAAAAAACAACGUUUUAAUGUCUAUAUAAUCCCAACUUUGAUAUAAUUCUACUUCACGCCUUGUAUCCCAAUGCUCUACUCCGUAUCUAACUCCUUGGUUCUAUGUCUCGUCAAAAUGCAACUCUAUAAUGCCAAAUAUUGUAUCGUUCAGAGCGCCAGUUCCUUCGUUUUCGUCUCAGGCUUUUCUGAAGUAUUCUGAUCGGCUCCUUCGGAAACUUCCCCAUUUGAGGAGUCAUUUGAUAUAUGUGGCUUCUCCGCUGCAUCUGCAUUGCUAUCUUCAUGCUUAGAAGUGCCAUUUUCUGGAAUGUCGGUGCUCGGCUUCUCAGUGGCAUCCGCUGGCUCCGGAGCCGUUUCCGAGCCUACCCAAGCGUGAUCAAAAUUGAGGUACUUUUCGACGUCGUCUGUGAGUUUCUGCAGCUCGUGUUCAACUUCGUCAUCUCGCUUUUUGCGCCCUCGUGAUUGUUUAUCAGCCUCAGCAUCACCCACCCGCUUGCGCCACAUUUCGUCCAACUCAUCGCCCCAGCCUAGCUCUUCGGCGAGUUCUCUGAUGCCAUCGUCACAGGGUCCUAACGAAAGAACGUCGUCGGUACGAGAUCCCAUCCGGCCAACCUUUUCCAUGUUGAAAAGGACCCGAGGCGUAGGCUCCAUGACCAUUUCUGGGAGGCUCGCAAACGGCUGAACGGACAGACUCGUGCCAAUAACAAGUGCGAGGUCCGCGGUGGAGGCGUGGAAGGUAUUGUUUCGAAAUUCCGACGGGAGUGGCUCUCCAAAGAACACAAUGUCUGGCUUGACCAAGCCAUUGCAUUUACUGUCCUUGCAUCGCGGAACUUCACUCUUCUCAACGUUUCGUCUCAUUUCAUCAUCGGGAUAUUCUUCCUUGCAAUCAAUACACCGUUGCGACGCGAAGCUGCCAUGUGCUGCAAUGACUUUAUCUGCUGGGACGCCGGCCUCGCGUUCCAGACAGUCAAUGUUUUGUGUAAAAAGCAUCUUCAACAAUCCUUUCUUGGCAAGCAACGCCAGAAACACGUGUGAGAUUGUUGGGUGGAAGUUGCCAGGGUAAAGCUCCUUUGCAAGAACGUAGAACGGCUCUGGGCGUUUACGGAAGUAAUCGAUAUCAAAUACGGCCUCAGCAUGCGGUAAGUUGAGUCGAGCCAGAUUACUGUAAAGACCUGUUUUUGCGGAGCGAAAGUCGGGGACUAGAGAACACAGUUAGUCUUAAGAUCCCACCGUAACCAAGCCGAGGUGUCGCUUACUUCCAGCCGCUGUUGAAAUACCUGCGCCAACCAUGGCAACGAUCCGCUUCACCUGGCCGCUUUUUAUAUACUCUGCCACGGCAGCCAAGGAGCGCUCCUCCAACCGCACUGGCGGUACAUCAUCCCCAAUUAUCGUUGACUCUUCUUGGCCCAUCUUGCGAUUUCGUCUGCCUGGGACGCGGGGUCCGUUCUGGUGACGCUCGCGACGUCGUCGACCUAUUUUGAAAGAAUUUGAAGAGAGAGAGGGGAAAAUUAGUCAAUAAUACAGUCGUAAUAUGACGCGGAGAACGCUGAAUUUAAUAUCGUCGCAAUUUACAAAAGUGUUGAGCGAUGACGUCCAGCCGGCGAUGUUGAGUUAGGCAAGUUUUCGUUAUCGAUAAGCAUAGGUCAGCAGGAUGAGGCUGUUUUAUACUAGGCAACCAACGAAGAGUCACGCGAUGUAGACAAAAGCUAAAUAGAUAUUAAAGUAUUUAGUUUGUCUAAAGUAUAAAUGGUUAUACUUUUAUAAUAUAUGAAAUGCCAUCAUGUAGCAUAAAGACGAGUUUAAUAUAUCUAAGUUAAGCGGGGUUCAAAAUCAAGUAAACACCUGGGAAUAUUUCACGAACAUCUCCUGUGUUCUUGAGCCUGAAACGCCUUUCAAAAUGCAAAAUCCAAACGAAAACAAAAUACGCCAUUGAACCAAAGAAUACGGGGAACCCUUUUUGUUUUUGUGCAUUAUGUGUGUCGUUGCCUUGCCUGAGCAAACUGCUCCUCUUGUAGACGUGCGAGCUCGUCCAUCGACAUGCCGCUGUUAGCAAACUUGUCGGCUUUCUUCUCGCGUCCCUGCAUUUUUGGUUAGAAAAUGUAUGUGUAAUUAUAGAUUAAAGAUGGGCGAAACUCACUUUCUGCACUUCUUUGUGCUCGGCGGCAGCUUCUAGCACUGCGGGCACGUAGUCAGAAAACCCGAGUUGUUCUAGCGCUUUUGUAAUGUGAUCGCAUGCAAUUGUCUUUUUGGCCUCCUUUUCGGAAAUUUCGUUGGCUUCGGAAGAGACAAGAGUUAUAAAUUCGACGCAGCAUUCGAUGAGAAGAUCGCGGGCUUCUUUGGCGAACGCAAGGCCCUCAGAUGGGGGAAGGAUUUCGGUAACAAUCUUCUGCACGGUAGCUAUAGUCCUUGUUAGUACUUGAUAAUUCAGUGCGAUAUUGUCUCUUUGAACAGGUCGAUUGAUGCAACCCUGGUGUUAAAGCAGUCGCGCAGUUAUAGAUGGGGUGGGUUGGCGUACCUUUGGGCAGAGAGAGGUCAUCAUUGCCUAGGAGAUGAUGUUAGCUACCUGCUCUGACACAGUUUACAGCUAUCGCAGGGUAUUCUGGCUAGUUUGCGAAAAUGGGGAACCUAAACAUACCUCCAAACUCGUGGUCCGACAUGUUGUAUAGAUCGUUUCGCAAGUAUGAAAGCGGGAUAUGUUGUUUUGCAAACAGCGAUGCGAUGCAAUAAAAUAGCAGUAGUGCGGAUCUUUCGUAUGACCAAAGUAGUCUAGGGAUUAUCUGUUACCCAAAAACUUGCUGUUCAUGGGUGUAGUCGGUAUAUAAGUGAAGGGAGGCGGUCGCUUUUUGUAACAAAGCGUGGCGGCGGCACUGGUUGUAAAGAGCUGAUGUGGUGGGGCGUGCAGCGCAUGUUAUACCG